AACACUGGGAUUGGACUGGCAGCCUGCCACUGUGAGGGGGUUAUGAGGGUUCAGGACUGACUCCUAUCAUGGCUGUGGUCUGUUUUAUUCAUGUAAUGACAGACAGUGUGUGAUGUCCAUUUGGGAAAAGCAGAAAUGGAAAGACAUGCUGAGUCAAAGGUUAUAGUGGCAGUAAGGGUGAGACCACUUAGUGAAGAUGAACAGGAGAGGAAUGAGGAAAGCAUUGUCUUCUGUCCCGAUGAACACAAUCUUUUGGUCAGUCAGGAAGGCCUUGUGGAGAGAGCCUUCUCAUUCAACAUGGUCUUCCGUCCAGAGUGUUCCCAGCAGGAGAUAUUUCAGACCACGGGCAUGAGGAAGCUGAUUGACAUGGCAAUUGAAGGGUACACCUGUACUGUGUUUGCCUUCGGCCAAACAGGCUCCGGGAAGACCUACACCAUCACUGGUCCACAUUGUCUGUUCUCUGAGGACAGUCAGGAGAGUGAACUGGAGGGUCUGAUGCAGAGAUCAGUGGCUUAUCUUCUUGAGCGAGUGCAGCACUCUGAUGAGCUGUUCCAGCUGUGUGCCUCCUACUCUGAGAUCUAUAAUGAGCAGGUUAGAGAUCUGCUUAACCCUUGGCUGACCUAUUCUCUCGCUGUCCGAGGCAGUACAACCUCUGGGUUCUAUGUGGAGAACCUGUCUGUGGUUGAGUUCUGCAACCUGGAGGGCUUCAUGACUCUCUUGGAGAGAGGAAUGCAGAACAGACAGACAUCGUCGCAAACCCAGAAUGAGCAUUCCAGCCGCAGCCAUUCCAUUCUGACUCUGUACAUCAAGCACACAUUGACUGGUGCAGAGCCGGUCGUGGUGGCUAGGGGGAAGCUGUGCAUUGUGGAUCUGGCGGGGAGUGAGAGGGUCAAAGACAGAGACUCGGACACGGAGAAGCUGCUGGAGGAGACGGGAAACAUCAACCGGAGCCUCCUCACCUUGGGCAAGUGCAUCACAGCGCUGGUGGACCCCAAAAAGAGGACUGGCCACAUCCCAUACAGGGACAGCAAGCUGACCAUGCUCCUGUCUGAUUCACUGGGUGGAGAAGGCAUCACUCUUAUGAUUGCAUGUGUGUCUCCAACGGCUGGCAACCUCCAAGAAACCAUGAACACAUUGCGGUACUCCAGCAAAGCCAAGAGGAUUAAAAACAAGCCAGUGGCCAAAAGUGAUCUUCGAGAACAAAUCCUUGCUAGUCUACAAAAAGAGAUUCGUAUCUUGAAGGAAGAGAAUAUGACACUACGGCAACAUCUCCCAAAAUUCCAAGAGGAGUUAGAAUCUGGAGCUAGUGGCAGCUGCACAGGAAGCACUGAUGGCACUGUUGAGCCUGUGUACUAUGAUGAGAGGUCUGAGUCCACAGGCUCGGAUGCUGGCCUGAUAAGCCUCUUGCAGGACCUCAAGCGUGAGAUUGAUAAACUGCAAAAAGAUAAGAGAUUGCUUCUGGACAAACAGGAGUCCUCCGACCAGCAGAGGGAGUGCUUAUCACAGGAGAACGUCAGGCUUCUUCGCAAACUCAGGGAUCUGGAGAGGGUGAUCUGUAGCUCCCCGCACUCUAACAGCAGCUACUCGGGCAUUUCUCUGGACAACGAGGCCAGCAGUGGCAACAGCCCUCAGUGCGUCCAGAACCCCACCGUGCCACAGCAACAACUCCCACCCGAUCAGUCUCCUUCUCAGCCACCUUAUACCAUAACGUACUGUUGCACCUGUUCUGUGGAAGCUCAUCAGCAGGGCCAAGGCUGUCCUCAGCUGUUGGAGAGAUUGGCAUUACAUGAGGACAGUUAUGGAGCCCACCAUUUAAAUCCACAGCAGAAGCUCCCUCUGAUCCAGGACGGCGACGCUGCCAGACACCCCAGAGCUGUGGAGGGAGGCAGGCAGCCAGGGCGGGAGCACCCAGGAGAGGAGCCCGCCUAUGGGGCCUGUCCCCCGCAGAGGAGGAGGAGUCAGGUGGAGAAAAGGGGCUAUGCAGAGCGUUUCCAGGGCCUGCUUGAGGCCCGGGGCAAGAAGGCCCAGUCUGUGGAGAUGACCGCUGGGAGGCCUCAACAAGGGGAUCCAGGACUCCCCCUGCUGGUGAAGAAGAGAGGUGAAACCAGCUAGUCAAUUCAGCAAGGUACGGGAGCUGGACAGCAGGGAAAGAGCAGUGGCCAAUGGGAACUCACUGUAGACUUUCAUACUAUCUUGACUUUUCAACAUUACACCUCAGUUGAACAGUCCCUGACUCACCCUGCCAUGGAGAGAAAUGUCAACCCUCACCUAAAUACAGAGAGAGAGAGAGGGAGAGAGAGAGAGAGAGAGAGAGAGAGAGAGAGAGAGAGAGAGAGAUGUGGCUUUCAUCUGUCUGGCUUACAAAUAAAGACAAAUCACUCUGUUCAAAAA